UCUUGCUUAAAUGGAAAAAAUAAAUAUAUAUUCGGCUUAAAAUUGAAAUAAAAUCUCCUUUAAUUAUUAUUUAUUAAAGAUUUUAAUUUAGAACAAUUUUUAACAAGCGAAAAAAUAACAAAUUAAAAUAACGACUGUAUAAGUAAUAAUGAUUCCUAAAAAUCUUCAAUAUCUACACAAUCUUAAAAUUCAUAAACAUCGUCUCAUAACUAUAUUUCUUUUGAAGAUUUAUAAUAUAAAUAUUUAAAUGAUUUAAAAUAAUAGCUUAAAAGUAAAAAAAAAAAAUAUUUCUUUAUAUAAAUAUAACUAAAAAAAUAGAUUGUAUAGUUAAAAAAAAAUUCCGAUUAAAUUAAAAGAUGUUUCUGGAAACAAUUACGCUAAAAAAUGUAUUCAAGAAAGUAUUAUUUUACCAAAUAUAUACCCUAAUUUAUUUUCAAAUGGAAAACCAAAGCCAUGGAAUAAAAUAUUAUUAUAUGGACCUCCUGGAGUUGGAAAAACAAUGAUUUGUUAGGCUAUUUGUAAUGAAACAUAAGCUACUCCUAUAUGGGUAUCAUUAACUGAUAUUACAUCAAAAUUUAUAGGAGAAUCAGAAAAAUUAUUAAAAAUUUUGUUUGAUUUAGCUAAAGAAAAUGCUCCUAGUGUUUUAAUUUUUGAUGAAAUGGACUCUAUUGGUAGAAAAAGAAACGGGAGUGAAACUGAAACUGAAAGAAGAAUAAAAACUUAGUAUUUGAAAUAAUUAGAUGAAAUAGAUAAUAUUCCAGAAUAAAUAUAUGUAAUAGCCACUACUAAUAUGCCUUGGGAAUUAGAUGUAGCAGUAAUAAGAAGAUUUUAAAGAAAAAUAUUAUUACCUUUACCUAAAAAUGAUGAUAGAUUACUUAUUUUUAAAAACUUUUUAGGAUAAAAAAAUCAUGAUAUUAAAGAAAAUGAAUAUUAAUGUUUAGCCGAAUUAACUGAAGGUUAUAGUGGCUCUGAUAUAACAACUAUUAUAAACGAAGCAUUUAUGAGACCUAUAUAUGAAUUAUAAUUGUCUUAAUAUUUUAAAAAAAUAAAGAAAAUGUGUUUUUAAUAUAUAAUGAUAAAACAAAAAAAUUAACUUUUAUUUUUUUGUUUAUAUAGUCAUGUUGAAAAUGAUAUAAAUAAUUUUUUUUAUGUUUCAUGUAAUUAAAAUGAUAAAGGUGCGGAAUAAAAAUAACUUUCGGAUAUAAAUCCUGUUUAAAUUAUCUUAAGAAAUGUUUAAAUUGUAAGUUUUAAGUUUUUAAAAUAUUUUUUAUUUUAUUUUAUUAUUAGAAAGAUUUAAAAGAAAGUAUUAAAAAUUGUAAGCCGAGUGUAAGUAAAAGUUUUCUAUAAUUAUACAAUAAAUUUUUAUUGAAAUAUGGACAUAUUGAUU